GCAGCGCCGCGCGCCCGGCCCGCCCCCGAUGCUCCGGCCGCCGGUUGGCGGCUCGUGGGGCGGCUGUGCUCGGACCCGGGCUCCGUCCCGUGGGAGCACCGAGAGCAGGGCCGGGACGCCCGCACCAGACUCCGGCCCGGAGGCGCGCCGAGCGAGCGAUCCCUCCCGCGCCGCGCCCCGGCUGUCGCCGCGUUUCCGCCGGGCGGUGGUUCCCGAAGACCGAGGGCUGGGCGGGAGCAGCGGGCGUGCGCGCUGGUUUGUCAAUGUUGGAGUCACAUUAUGGGAUUGCUAGACAGACUCUCAGUGUUGCUUGGCCUGAAGAAGAAGGAGGUUCAUGUUUUGUGCCUUGGACUGGAUAAUAGUGGCAAAACAACAAUCAUUAACAAACUGAAACCUUCAAAUGCUCAAUCUCAAGAUAUAGUUCCAACGAUAGGAUUCAGCAUAGAGAAAUUUAAAUCAUCCAGUUUGUCUUUUACAGUGUUUGAUAUGUCAGGUCAAGGAAGAUACAGAAAUCUCUGGGAACACUAUUAUAAAGAAGGACAAGCCAUUAUUUUUGUCAUUGACAGUAGUGAUAGACUAAGAAUGGUUGUGGCCAAGGAGGAACUCGAUACCCUUCUCAACCAUCCAGAUAUUAAGCACCGCCGAAUACCAAUCUUAUUCUUUGCAAACAAAAUGGAUCUUAGAGAUGCAGUGACAUCUGUAAAAGUGUCUCAAUUGCUGUGUUUAGAGAACAUCAAAGAUAAACCAUGGCAUAUUUGUGCUAGUGAUGCCCUAAAAGGAGAAGGAUUGCAAGAAGGUGUAGACUGGCUUCAAGAUCAGAUCCAGGCUGUGAAGACAUGAAAAGAUAGUAUUUGGAAACCUCAGCAAUUUUCAAUUCAAAGAAUAUAUCUUAAGGCAAACUAAAUACUUUAAACUUUUUAAAAGAUAUCUGUGCAUUUAAGAAUACUGUAUAAUCAUCAUCUUGCAUUUAUGGACUCAAUGAGCUUUUUUAAGAACAUAGGACUUCAGGUAUGCUAAUGUGGCCAUUAAUUUUAUGAAGACUAAAUCUUGUCUCAGAAGGGCUCCCAGAAUUAUCAGCUUCUUGGUAAAAGUCUACAUUUGUUUGUAAUUAGAAUGUUUAAAGGUUAGAGUUAUAAGCCACCUCAGUCUCAUCAUGACUUGUGAUAUCUUUAAUGCGUUUUAUUUUGUAAAUUGUCUAUCUUCUAAAAAUUUAUGGUAUGACCUUGCAGUAUGAUUGUGCUUGUGAAAAAGAACCUUAAAUAUUUAUAAGGGACCAUGGGUAAUUAAUAUAUAUUAAAUUUUUACUGUGUGUCACCAUCAAUGAAACAUAAAAUGUAAUGUACCAACUAGUGUGCUUUAUUUAUGCUGAAAAGAAUAAUGCUGUGUUAAUAUGGCAUUUGGUGUUUUACUGUCCAGCAUUUGUAAAUUAUCUGACACCAAGUUAAGCUGUAUUUAUUUACCCAGUGACUCUUGCACAUCUCUAUACUGGUACUAGUCUGGCAUUGUCCUAGGCAGUGGUGACACAAGGUAAAUAAGACAUAUUCCUCAUCCUCAGAGAACUUAAAAGUUAAUGAGGGAGAAUUUUAGAACAUUUUCAUACAUAGUAUCUAAUUUUAUUUCAUUGGCUGAAUGAAAACAUUGCAUUUUAAGA